AUGGUUACAAUCCAUGCCACUGAGUCCGUCACUUUUCAUGCAAGGAUAAGAGACUUGGAGGAUUUGAUGGAGUAUUUGAGAGUCUUCUCCUACUACUGGAAAUUGCAUAGAAGAGCAGAACCCUCCAGGAAUGCUGAAAUUCCUGAUAGGCACCAGUACAUCUUGCUUCAGAGGGCCUUCUAUCAACUGAUCUGGUCCCGCAGUCGCCGCCAUGGUGCCCAUGAAAAAGCUGUGGCAAAGUGGGGCAAGAAAAAGAAGCAGGUCCUGAAGUUCAGUCUUGACUAACAUCCUGUGGAAGAUGGAAUCAUGGAUGCUGCCAAUUUCGAGCAGUUUCUCCAGGAAAGAAUCAAGGUGAACGGCAAAGCCGGGAAUCUUGGUGGAGGGGUGGUCACCAUGGAAAGGAGUAAAAGCAAGAUCACCAUGACUUCCGAGGUGCCUUUUUCCAAAAGGUAUUUGAAAUUCUCGCCAAAAGAAUUUUUUGCGGGGGCCCUUACCAAAUGAUAUUUGAAAAAGAAGAAUCUGCAUGAUUGGUUGCGCAUAGUUGCAAACAGCAAAGAGAGCUUCGAAUUACGUUACUUCCAGAUUAACCAGGAUGAAGAGGAGGAAGAUGAGGAUUAAAACUCCUUUGUCUGGAAUAUUUUUGAUGAGUUCUUGAAUAAAACUUGGGAACCAAAA